CCGGCGCCCUUUAUUGGCCAGUUGUAUGCUGCAGUAGUAUAAAGAGCAACAAUGAAAGUGAAAGGAUUAUUACAUCUGAGACGGACAGAAAGCAGCAGGAACAGGUGACACUAAUCAGCAGCUACAAAAGACGAGAAGGAGAAAGAGGGAAAAUGAGCCAGCUCCAAGCCAUGCAUGGAAAAUACUACUAUGUAAUUGAGUCGGGCAGGUCCGGCAACUUACGGAUGCAGAUCUUAAGUCAUCUCCAGCAGCAAAGACCCAACCUGGAGCAGGUGUACAGUGUGAACAUGUGUGAUGUGAUUUUGGUUUUAUGCCUCAUUACUUCACGGGCAGGAACUGACAUUGAUGCUGCUCUGAAAAAACUUAAUGACUUGUCAGCAUUCAAGCCAGCUAUUUUCUUAGUCCUGCAUCACACUUUUGACCCUGAGAGAGUUGUACCAGACAGCAGCAGAGUUGUAAAGCGGAAUGACACACUUACGGUGGACUGCCUUUUCAAUGACACAGGGUUGUUACGGUGCAAGAUAAAUGAUGAUGCACUGGACAAAAUUGUUAUGCAUUUCAAGCAUCAGACAAACCUCAUCUUACUAUUCAUUGGACUUCUCUGGAACAGGUUAUCCAGUUUUAUAUCAAAGACAAUUGCCAACUUGUCAAUCAUUGGAACCUUCUUGAUCUCGUUCCCCAGUCAUAUAUCACAGACAAUCCUCAACGUGCCAAUCAUUGGACCUAGCUGGAACAGGUUAUCCAGUUUUAUAUCACAGAACAAAAAAAGGCAUGACAGGGAUCAAGAAAGAUUUGCUUAAAAGCAACAACAAAGAUGUCCCAAAGAUGGUCAAAGAUGUAGAUGACAGUGACAUGGACUAUGUCAGAAAAUACUUAACAAAUCAUUAACUCUGGAGAUUAACAGUACAAAGUACAAUACACAUAUAUUGAGACUUUAGAGGUUCAGCAUGAUAAUGUAAUUAAAAUCCAUUUAAUAAAGUGAAUCUCAACUGCAA